UCUGUCAAUAUGUUUGUACGUUCAUAUAAAGUCCACGAGUUUCGUCUCUGCUGUCACAAAUCUCAUUAGAUUUUCCGAAUGCGUUGUGUCUUUAAUCAUUGACUGGCAAUAUAUUUCAUAAUAGAUCGGGAUGGCGCAAGUGGAUUUAGUGAAUAGGGAUCCAAACAACAUUAAUCCUCAUCUGCAGUGCCAGUUCGAGGAUGUAUUGGCCGAGCCUGAUGGCACCCACAGUAUCGACUGUGUCUGGAAAAUGUCAAGUACCUGCUUUAACUGCUGGAAGGGCCUCUGCUACAAACUCAUGACCCUCCUGUGUGGCUGUUGUAUUGCUGCCGAGUAUGGCUGUCAGUUUGCCCAUCUCUCGUUUCUUCAUAUCUGGUACUUCACCCCCUGUCUGAAGAUCUUCCAAAUCAACUGCGGUCUUUGCAGAAACAUCUACACUCAGUGUAUCAACUGCUGUAUUGAGCCAUGUUGCGUCGCUUGUGGAUCCUUAUUCCAUCAUUUCAAGAAAUAGGACUGUCUACUUUUGACGGCGGACGUUUCUAUCAGCAAAAUACGACGUGUGAUUAUAAUAUCGUCUCGGCGUAUUUACCGGAUACAUUAAUUCUGGCUUUGAACAAUAGUUCUAUAUUUACAGGGUAUGAUUUGCAAUAAAUAUCAAAGAACAAAAAAAUUAUCAGCUUGUUGUGAUGAUAAUAUAUUUAAUUGUGGUCCUUUACAUUUUAAAGCUAUUGUCUGUGAUAUAAUAACGUUUAACAUGUGUGCAAUGUGUUAAUAUGUAUUUGUAAUACUUAUAAAUGUAAAUUAAGCUGUA